AUGCUAAGCCGUCUCUGGAACCCCUUCGGGAGGUCUUCCGUCACCCCAUCGAAGCGGUCCCUCACAAGCUCCAAGCUGUCCUCCAGCACCCACUCCAGUCCCGGCGCCAGCAUCCACACUGCAGCCGCCGCCGAAUCCAAGGUCGUCCUCGAGUUCAGUAUCACUUCCGAUGCUGCUCUCAUGGACAGCUUGCACAAGGCGUCCGGAGGCCGGGUCACCAUCAACAGCCUUCCCCAUAUCGUCAUCCCCUCGCUCGACCACAGCCUCGUCGACAUCGGUGAUUUCACUGAGAGCGAGACGUUCGGCAAGGCCCAGUUGACCGGUGACGCCGACACGGUCAACAAGGACCUCCAGCGCUCGGACAGCCUCUCCCCCAAUGAUAUCCUCAUCAUCACUCCGCCGCCGGGCACUCCUAUCAACCCCUACCCCAAGACAUCGAUCUAUGCCGAUGUCGACCCCUUCAUGACAUCCUCCUUCGACGACCUUCCCACUGCGUACGACAGCACCGACAAUGCCAUUCCGUCAAAGGCGUACGUCGAUCAGCACAAGGGCGUUAUGGUACCCAGGGUUACCGCAAAGAAAUCGGAAGAGCUGGCGCCGGUCGGCGGGAAGACCCUCUUUGCGCCUCACCUGGCUAUCUAUCGCGAGCUGCUCGCGGCGCUCAAGACGGCCUUUGAGGCGAGGGAUGUUGCCAAGGGCUUGCAACUUGCCAGCGGUAAUAUAAAUGGCGUGAUUGCGGACAGUGGGAUGGGGUACAGGGCAUUCGGGGAUCUGACGGGAGGGAUCGAGAAAUUGAAGCUACUUCUCUGCUCGCUACAGAUCCAUGCCCAGACGAUCCAAGGGCUCGCUCAGACCGACGACACCAUUAGUCUCGAGGGCCUAGUCUGGACUCUCAAAGAGAUGAUCCAGACGAUAGAGCCUAGCUCCAUCUCGCCGGCCCGAAAGUCCACCCAGGUCCGACAAGGCUUCCAUGACUUGCCCCCCUUCCGCCAGGAUCGUCUCGGCGGAGUGUCGCUCGACAAGCAUGCCAACAUCGUCGAGAGGACCACGAAUCUCCUGCUGUCCACCAUGUACAGUCUCCUCCUCGAGCUCGUCCAGGAGAUUGGCAACGUCACCACGGACAACUCAUUCGCCUUCCGCUGCGACAUGGUCAAGUCGGCCAUCCUCCGACCCCUCGCACCCUUCGCCCCUGUCCAGAUGCACAAAUAUGCCGGCGGCGGGGCCAUCUACCGUCGCCAAGUCUACAGCGACUACCAAACUGCAGUCAUCGCAGCGGGCGAAGACAUCGACAAGGCCAAGCACGACUGGUCGGAGGCCGACAACAGGCUCGUGGGUGUUCUGUGGGGUCAGAUGCAGAAUGCGGUCGCGCCCCAGGUACUCCAGGUCGCGAAAGAGAGGGCCACUGCGAUGCAAGGUCUGGGGAACGCGAGCAAGAAGCUCAUGGAGUACGCUUAG